UGGAGAUUCCGGGGCUGGAAGGCCGACCAGCCACCUCGGCCAGGGGCCCCCGUUCUGGGAGGCGGCCCCCGUUUGCUCCCUCCCGCGGCGCUCCCCGCACGCCGCUCCUGUCGGUGUUUCAUUGACGGGUUUUUUUUGUGGUGUUUUUGUUUGUUUGGUUUUUGUUUUUAGCUUCCCCCGUGUUUUCCGCUCCUCUGGACUGAAAGGCCCGCGCGAGGCUCUGCGCCUCUGCCCCUCCUGGUCUGUCCCCGCUCCCCGCUCCGACACCCAGAUCCACCUGCCUCCCGGCCGGGGAGGACCCGCAGGGACGGCGGCGCGCCCGGCCACGCCGAGCCGGAGCCGGAGCCCAGCCUGGCGUGAACGCUUCCUCUCUGCCCUCCACGUUUUCGUCUUCUGAGCUCUCUUUAGAGAGCGAGAACGCGGGGGAAGAUGUGGCUGAAGCUCUUUUUCUUGCUCCUCUAUUUUCUGGUCCUGUUCGUCCUGGCCAGGUUCUUUGAGGCCAUUGUGUGGUAUGAAACUGGCAUCUUUGCCACCCAGCUGGUGGAUCCGGUUGCGCUGAGCUUCAAGAAGCUGAAAACCAUUCUGGAGUGCCGGGGUCUGGGAUAUUCGGGGCUGCCCGAAAAGAAGGACGUCCGGGAACUGGUGGAAAAGUCAGGUGACUUAAUGGAGGGUGAACUCUAUUCUGCACUCAAGGAAGAAGAAGCAUCUGAAUCUGUUUCUAGUACCAAUUUCAGUGGUGAAAUGCACUUCUAUGAGCUUGUAGAAGACACAAAAGAUGGCAUCUGGCUGGUUCAGGUCAAUGAAUGGUCAUUGAAGAUAAGAAAGGAAAUGAGAGUUGUCGACAAGCAAAUAAGAGAUAUCCAAAGAGAAGAAGAAAAAGUGAAACGAUCUGUGAAAGAUGCUGCAAAGAAAGGUCAGAAGGAUGUCUGUGUGGUUCUGGCCAAAGAGAUGAUCAGGUCGAGGAAGGCAGUGAGCAAGCUGUAUGCAUCCAAAGCGCACAUGAACUCGGUGCUCAUGGGGAUGAAGAACCAGCUGGCGGUUUUGCGAGUGGCCGGUUCCCUACAGAAGAGCACAGAAGUGAUGAAGGCCAUGCAGAGUCUUGUGAAGAUUCCAGAAAUCCAAGCCACCAUGAGGGAGUUGUCCAAAGAGAUGAUGAAGGCUGGAAUCAUAGAGGAGAUGUUGGAGGACACCUUUGACAGCAUGGAUGAUCAGGAAGAAAUGGAAGAAGCAGCAGAAAUGGAAAUUGACAAAAUUCUGUUUGAAAUUACAGCAGGGGCCUUGGGCAAAGCACCUAGUAAAGUCACAGACGCCCUUCCAGAGCCCGAACCUUCAGGAGCAAUGGCCGCCUCAGAAGAUGAGGAGGAGGAAGAGGCUCUGGAAGCCAUGCAGUCCCGGCUCGCCACGCUCCGCAGCUAGGGGCUGCCCGGCUCAGGCUCUCCUCACGGCCGCCCGCCGGCUCGCGCACUCCGCUGAGGCAGCCGCCGUCUUGUGUAUCUCUCGCACUACAGCUCUGUGGUGAGGCAUUACAUUCUGGAGAUUCUCUGCUAAUCUCUCUUCAGUCUCCGCGGAGGUUUUGGGAUGUCAACAGGAUCUGAGUGGUGAUGUAAUAAAUGCAUCAUUUUCAGGAGUAUUAAGUAUUUUGGGGGGAAGGCAAGGAAAUCUUAAGAAGCACUUCUGUGAAUAGUUGAUUGACUGUUGAGGACUAUACAUUUGCCUGUAAAAGACUAUAUACAUGGACCUUAAUAAAUUCCUGCUUUAACACUUGGUCUCACUCUAGAACGUGCACUGAACUCUCAAGAUGUUUGCUGCCCCAGAAUGGUUUAUAUUUGUCCUUGAUAAGAGGCGCUGUAGCCUGGCAUAUGAGACAUAAGAGCCUAGAGUAAAUUCUGUCUAGUUUUGUAAGAAACUGCCAAACUGCCUUCCAACUGGCUGUACUUUACAUUUCCACUAGGUGUGAGUGCUUCUGUUGCGCCACGUUCUCACUGGUAUUUGCUGUUGUUUUGAAUUUUGACCAUUCUGAUGUGUAUAGUGCUGGUCUCAUUGUUGUAAUUUGCAAUUCCCUAUUACAAUGUAGAACAUCGUUCAUGAACUUUUUUGCCAUUGUAUUUCUUCCUGAUCAGGUAGGUGUCUCUUUGGGUCUUUUGCCAUUUUCUUUGAGUAGUUCAUUUUCUUACUGAGUUCUAAGAGUUCUUUGUGUAAGUCUUGUAUCAGAUGUUUUUUACAACCAAUUUCCUCCCAAUCUGUCUUGUCUUCUCAUUCUCUUCACAAUGUUUCACAGAGCAAUUUCCAAUUUUGGUGUCUAACUAGCCAAUUAAUUCUUUCGUGAUCAUGCCUUUACUGCUGGCUUUAAAAAGCCAUCACCAGGCCUCCCUGGUGGUGCAGGGGUUAAAGACACAGCACUAUCAAGCUAUCGCCAGCCACUGCAACAUGAGUUCGAUCCCCAGCCUGGGAACUGACUCACACGGCACAGCAGAGCUCUCCUGUUGUGCCCACUGCUCCCCUCAGCAGUGCAUUUCAGUAGAUCUGCCUGUUCUGCUCCCCACUCUGUCUCUGGUAAAUCCUCUCACCCCUGCAUCUCUGGCCAGUACCCCAGUUCUUAUAUGCAUAAAUAAAUCUUUUUUAAAAAGGUCAUUACCAUACCUAAAGUUACCUAGAAUUCCUGUUAUCUUUAGGAGCAUUACAGUUUUGUGUUUUACAUUUAGAUGUGCCAACAAUCUUAUUUCCUGUAAAAGCUGUAAGGUUUAUGUCUAGGUUCAUAUUUUUGCAUAUGGAUAUUGUUAUUCCAGCACUGUCUUAAAAGUCAGGAAGGUGUCAGUCCUGCAGAUACGUUUUUUCAUAUUGUAUUGGCUGUUCUGAGUUUUUUGCCUCUCCACAUAAGCUACAGAAUUCACUUGUUAAUAUACACAAAAUAACGAGCUGGGAUUGAUUGGGAUUGACGUGAAUCUAAAUCAAGUCAGAAAAGUUGACAUACCGAUGGUACUUUUAUGAUUCCAUUUAUCAAACUAGCUUAUUUACAGAAAUGAAAAUUAAAACUUUUAUCAGGGUAGAUGGGCUGAUGGACAGUGAUACUUGGUUAAAACCAAUAUAAAACAGGUUUCAACUUUCCAAGUCUUUUAUAUGCUAUUUCAAAAUUUACUUUCUAAGACAGUUUUCUUCUGAGCUGCCAGAAUACCAUCUUAUAGUCACUGAACCAUUUCAGAAAUAAAAAUCUAAACCACAGAAGUGAAUCUAAAGUAAGUAUUGAUUAAUCCAGAAUCUGAGAACUUUGCAGGUUUAAAAUGGUAGGUGGUGCUGGCCUUUGCUUUUUUGUUGUUUAUAAUGUACUUGAUUAUAACAGACCUUGGAAUUGGAAGUAUCUGUGAGACUGCUUUGAGACCUUUUAUUAUAUAUAUAUUUUUUAAUUGUAUAUUUUUUUACAUCUUUUAUUUUUGCACAAUGUAUGCAUUUUCAUCUUGGAUAAAUUACCCAUAUAAUUCCCACCACCCCCCCUUAUUUUGACCCUAAUCCCUUCCCCUCCCCUCCAUAGUGUGUUUCUGGUUUAUAGUUGCUUGUUGAUUUUGAUUUUUACUUUAUUAUAAUUAGUCUUUUUCCUGGUCCCUUAUUUAGGUUUUCUAAAUUCCUGCUAUGAGUGAGACCAUCCGGUAUUUUCCUUUUUCUUUCUGGCUUAUUUCACUGAGCAUGAUCCCUUCCAGCUCCAUCCAUGUUGCUACAAAUGGCAUGAGCUUAUCUUUUUCGAUUGCUGAGUAAUAUUCCAUUGUGCAUAUGUACCAACACUUGAUCCAGUCAUCGAUUUUUGGGCAUUUGGGUUGUUUGCAUAGCGUAGCUAUUGUAAACAGUGCUAUAAACAUAGGGGUGCAGGUGCCCUUUUGAAUUAAUGAUUCUGUGUCGUUUGGGUAAAUACCUAAGAGUGGAAUUGCUGGAUCAUCUGGAAGCUCCAUCUUUAGCAGGUUGGAGGCCUAUCAUAAUGGUGGUUUCCUCUAAAGAGUUUUCCUAGUCUUUUGGCUUUGGGACAUUUCUGAGAAACAGUGCCACUCCUACUGACAUAGGCAGAUAUUUCUAUUUAUUCUUUUCUGGUAAUGUUUUUGAAAGCUCAUGCAUUGCAGGUUUUGACAUGAAGUGGGCUGGCAUUAGCCAGUGAUCUUUGUCCUCCUACCAUAAAAACCCCAAGCUCUGGGCAUCUAUACUACUUGAUUUAUUUCAGUUUAACUCCUUUUACUAUACAGGUACCUUUGACUAGGAGACUCUAAGCUAUAUUAGAAAGGCAGCUUCUUUAUAAACUCAAACUUCCAACAGUUUCGUUUUCCUUUUUACAGUUUCAAAUUAUAAAGAACCAGAAGAAAACAGCAUAUUUUGAUCUAUUACCUUUUUUUUCUUAGAAGCAUUUAACCAGUCACCAUUUGAGUUUUGUUUAAUUUUCACUUCUAAAUUUAGUUAAUUGGUGGGGGUUUUUUUUUUUUUUUUUUUUUUUAAAAGUGUGGCAGGGUUUCCACCUGGAUGGGGAGACACUUAUUUCCAUGUUAGCACUGCAGUAAUCAUUCAGAAAUCAUUAUAGUAUCUGUUUUUCCUUUUAAGAUUAUUUUCUGGGGCAAUCUCAUACUCCACUAACAUAUAAUGGUGGGUAUGCAGAAUCCACAACCAGAGGAGAAGGCCAAUAAGCUGAGUCAAAAUUAUUAUAUGAAUACUUUAAUGCAAAAUGCUUAACACUUAAAAUUAGCAAAGCUUCACUUAAGUUAAAACUCCAUUUAGCUAAAGAUGGUUAACCCCAAGAAUUGUACAGUAGUUAAUUUCUGCUAUAUAAUGUCAGUUCUAAUGCAAUGCAGUAAGAACUGCAUCAUUAGCUGUCAUUUCCUCCAUUGCUCUUCUGAAUCCUAAGGGAUCAGAGAGAGGGUACUCAGACACAAAACAAAAUACAACCCAAAUAAACUGUGCAGUGAUUCCUAAUAGUUAUAAAAAACCCAUUUUGACUACGCUGUUUAAACAGCUGGGGAAUAACUGCAAGUAUUGUUCCAGAGCUGAUAAGAGGUUUUGUUUUUACAGCUUGGUAGAAGUUCUGCACUAGGUGAGAAGUCACAGUUUAAGGAUGCAUGUUCUGUAAAUAGUUACUACAUAUACACAUUUAGUGUCUGUAAACACUAGAAAUAUACAUAGACAGAGUACCCUCACCAGCUGGGUACAAUUUAAAAAAGAAGAUGAGGUAACAUGAAUCUCAAAGUCCACAGGAAUCCUGCCUGAAGAGUUUGAACAGCUGCCAGUAAUUCACGUCCAAUGUGCAGGGUUAAGGUGUCCCUGGGACCCUCAGGGUUUGACAAAACUGGAUUCACUGGCUUUCAGCAUAGCGACGGCAUCUUUCACUGCAUGGUAGAUAACAUUCUUCACCUAAAAGAAUAGCAGAAAGUCUAAUGAAUUAAACUUAAAAACUGUCACUAAGAAUCAACUUUUCCAUCAAUUUUACUACCAUUGCCUCAGAAUUGCAAGCAAUAUUCAGUGAAAUGUUAAUAUAGGGACACCUCAUAUUUGGGGGUUCCAGAACACUACAAUAAAGUGAAUAUUGCCAUAAAGCAAGUCACAGGAGUAUUUUGGUUUCCCAGUGUAUAUAUAUAAAAGUUCUGUUUACACUAUUACACUAUUACUGUAGUCUAUUCAUGUGCAAUUGCAUUCUUAAAAUAACAAUGUACGUACAUUAAUUUAAAAAUACUUUAUUGCUAAAAAAAAGCUAGCCAUCAUCAGAACCUUGAGAAAGAUUUCUCUACUGGUAUAAAAAGCACACUGGGAAGUACAAUAAAUUAAGGUAUGCCUGUAUCUGAAUGGCCACUGAACUCCUUUAAGCCAGUGUUUCAUAUACAUUUUAAUAGUGUAUCCUCUGAAGACUUAAAAGUUAAUUUUCCCCUUCCACAGGCUUUGAUGCCACAUUAUUCUACCUUUCAGUGAGUGCAACAAAAGGGAAGUCCCAGGGUAGUUUCAUUUUUCAGAGUUUACAAUCUCCUAGUUUUCCAAAUAUGAAAUUAUGUAUCACAUAAGCCACAGUGGAAAACCUCUAAAAAUCUCACCCUCUCAGACACUCUUUUGAUCCCCAGGUGCUACUGUGCUUCACCCAAGGCUGAGAGCAGCAGCACUCAAGGUGUUUGUUCAAAACCCCAGUCUCGCAGCUGAGCCAGGACAGAAAUCAAUACUAAAACCUUCCUCUUCAGGCAUAGCCCCAUAUAAACAGUAACAAACCAAGGUGAGAUUUCCUCUCUAUUUUCCUCUUCUGCCUUAACUAGACAAAUACACAGUAUGGCCAAGCUCAGUUAUAAGGUCAGAAAUGGGCCAUGAAAGAGUAGGCCAUCAGAGAAUGCCAGAUCAAUGCCAUUUUUACCUGUAAUUUAUCUUCAUGAUUGGUAUGUGUCUGUGACAGAUAACGGAAUUCCUGAGUAAGCCAGAAGCAGUGUUUAACAUGCUCUGGAGAAACAAAAUCUUCAGCCACUUUGAUACAGCUAUAUAAGUUAUGAACCUAGAAAACACCAAGCCACAUCAGUAAUACACACAAUAGUUUGUGGUAUAAAAGAAUAAAGAAUGAAGUUAUAUUCUUACCUGAUGUGGUGCUCCUGCUGGGAUAAAUACCACAUCCCCAAGAAAUUGAACAAUAGCCCAGCCUUGAACUCCAUACUCUUGAUGAAGGCGCUUUCUUAGUGAUCGGUCUAAAUACCAGCUCUGAUCGUGAAUGGGAUCAUGGUCUGCUGGGUUUUCUUGACCUUGUUCUUCUGAUACCUAGAAUAUUCAAAAUAUUAUGAAACUAAGCAACAUAUGCUGAGGCCCAAUAAGGGCACUGUUCCCGCUGAAGAGUGUGGGCAAUCAAUAAAUGUCAGGCCUUAUUAAACAUAAGGGCCCCUGUUGAUAGAAAGAGACAAGUACUAUUCAAAGACAUUAAAAUGAAUAAACCAAAAGGUGACAAAUAUGGCUUUCCUUUGUCAUUUACUAUAUAAACCAUGACUGGCAGUCUGCUUAUUUUUGUAAAUACUAUGUUUGAACAAUAUCUUGGUCUAGAUUUGUAAUGUAAGUAGGCUCAAGCUCCUUAGAAAAACUACUAUACUACAGUCAUUAAAAACCCGCAUUCAAAACAAUCCCAAAGACAGCAAGAGAUUAAGCGUGUUUGUUCUAGAUCCAGCAUCUGGUACUACAGACUCCAGGGAACACUACCAAAGAACAGUGUGGUGACUGGCAGACUUUUUGAAAGAGUCAAAUGGUCCAGAAACACAAAUGAUCCUUCGCCUGAAACAUCCUGAUUCAAACAAAUCCUGGUUAAAAUGACCUACUUAGUAGCAGGCAAAAGAUUGAGGGUGUGCAUUUCUCACAAACUACAGAAUAUCAACCACAGCACCUGGUACUGCAACUAGCAACAUCAGUGAUGAACAGGUUACAAACUGGAUACACCCGUCUUUCCAGCAGCCUACAACAUCCACACACAGCCCAGGCUCAACUAUCUGCCAACUACAAAAAAACUUGCAAUCUUUGAACUCCCCGCAUCCCUCUCUAAUUGGCCUUUACAAACUAAUGGCCACAAAGAGGACUUGAGACGAUCCUGACCUACUUCCAAGAGAGGGUGGACAGAAGUAAAGGGGACCUUAGUAACUCACUCAGAACACAGCCAUCAAGGAUCAAGAAAUACUACCGGAGGUUUUAAAGUAUUUAGAUGGAAUAAAAACAUGCUGAGAUAAUGUGACAAGCUAAUUUGAAGGUAGAGCACAAAAAGCUCCAAAUGUACUAGUAACAGAACACAGAAGUAAGUAAAAAGACAAGACCCUUCUUUUCAGAAAUAUGAGCCUAAUGCUUUAGAAAUCCUUGUUCCUAUGCAACCAGCGUCAGCCUACCCAACCUAACAGGCAUGGAUUUAACUUUUGAGAGUAUGUAUCUCCCUAGUAACUUUUACUUAGUUCUUGACAUGUACCAAUUCAUAAUAUUGCUAUUCUCCAUGCUUUUCUUCAUAUGUCACGGGGCAAGGAACAUACCUUCUUAAGGAAUUCUCGUAUCUUCUCUGUGUCUUUAGCAGCAUAUAUGUGCCAGAGAGCUCCUGGCUUCUCUUUUCCUUCAAUAAAUCGCUUUAUUGUGAGUUCAUCUGAAUCUCCAUCUUGGAUAGUUUUCAGGACUUCUGGAGUGAGAGAAAGCAAACAUCAGAAAACAGUCUAGUUGAGAGUUAGGUCCCACUUCUAUACUCAGCACUUUACCUUCUUCUUGGUCACACUGUCCUUUGGGAAUUCCCACAUAGACCAUGACAUUGGCUGCAUCAGAGACAUCUAAGUGCAGAUUAGUUGUACCAUAUUUCCGAUCUUCAGGAGUAAUUAAUCCUGCAAACAGAAAUGUCUUAAGUUUACAGAAGACAACAGAGUCUGCUGUAGUCUUUCCAACUCCCUGUGAGAGCCUUGGACAUAAAAGUUAAAAGCUGUCUCUCUAAUCAAGUAAAAGCAAGUGAAUAAUACUUAGUAUUAAAUGACUGUAUCCUUUCAACUUCAAAAGAAAAUAAUCUAAUAUUUAAUUGUAAAACUUAAACCAUUCCAAAUACUAGAAUUUCUGUCUCCAGUGGUAGGCAAGGUAGGUUCAUGACAGAUCCUCAAGCUGCUUAAGAACAACUAAAAAUUCUGGAUGAAAUUAUUAAAACAAUUCUUGUGCUGGCAAGGAAAGAAAUAUUCAGAAACUAGAAGCUCAGGAAAAGUAAAAUGGAAUACUGAAGCAGGGAUUUGCCAAAAGGUUAUUUGCUCAUUCAGGUGAACUCAUACUUUGUUUGUCACAGCCUGGGAGGGCUCUGGGACAAGACAGAAAGCCCAGGAUCCACUUAAGGAAGUAUAACACAAAUCCCUCUCGCACACACAUGAAAUGGAGGAAAUAAUGCCUAACAGGUUCCUUCAACUAUAAAAAGGAGUGAGGUUCCUAAUCUCAGCACCGGCGAGGGCCCCCCUUGUUCAGCACUCAAGCCCAGCAAGCUCUGCAGUCACUUUGGACAGCCCAUCCUGACAUAAGGACUCUGCUUCUGGAACGGGGAGCAGUAUGGUUUGUGGUGGGCAAGGAGAGAUCAUCUUCUGGCCUGACAGCAGCCCCUGAAAUGGCUAAAUUGUUUGGAGCCAAGGGGUUUUGGCUUGCUGAGGCCUGUGGUUUUAGGAGGGGAUGUGCUCCAUAAACUCAAUCUGGGACUGUGGUCUUAGAGUCUGUUGUGCUUUCCUUUGCAAUUUGGUGA